AUGACCCACAACUACGCGCGAUCGCUCGUCAGCGAGCUGUUCGCCCCAUUCGAGCCAAGCAGAUACAAGUUCUGGGACAAGGAGGUCUGUAAGCAUUUCCUCGUCAAGUUCUGCCCAAACAGUCUGUUCACUAACACCAAGUCAGACUUGGGUAACUGUGACCUGGUCCACGACGAAAAGUUGCGCGAAGAAUAUCAGAAGGCUCCGGACAGGGACACAUACCGCUAUGAGGAAGAGUUUUUCGAUUACUUGACAUAUCUGCAUAACGAUCUCGAGAGAAAGAUCCGCCGAGGCAAGGAACGCAAGGACAAGGAAGUUGACGAGAACCUGCUGAACCCGCGCAAGGACGAAAAGGAGGAAAAGAUGGUCAUGCUUGAACAAAAGAUCAAGGACACACUCGCCAAGGUGGAGGAAGCCGGCGAGGAAGGGCGCGUCGAGGAAGCCCAGGUCCUGACAGAUCAGGUCGAAAAGAUGCAAGCAGACUUGCAACAGCUCAAGCAGAACGACGAUGUCAACCCAAUCUUCCGUCAAGAGAACAAGAUGGAGGUUUGCCAUGUCUGUGGCGCUUUCCUGGUCAUGAACGACACUUCCAACCGACUGGACUCUCACCUUCAAGGCAAGCAACAUACUGGCUACCAAAAGAUUCAUGAGACCUAUGAGGAGAUGAAGAAACAAAGAGGUGAUCGACCCCACUCAAGCUCGUCUCGUGGUGGCAGACACCGUGACGACCAAGGAGGCUCUGGACCUCAGAGGGAUCACUUCUCCGAUAGCAGAGGCGACCGCGAGCGAGGCGGGUACAGGGAUUCGCGGAGUUAUCGUGACCAACCCUACCGGAGAGACGACCGCAGGGACAGGGACAGGGAUCGCGAUGGUGGACGACGAGACAGGAGCAGAGAUCGUGGCGGCCGACGGGACUAUGACCGCGAUCGGGACUACAGACGUGGCGGACGGGACGAUCGUCGCUUUUAA